UCUUCUUCUUAUUCUCCUCCACCGUUUAAACCCUAAUCUUAAUUUUUCCUGAUCGCGAAGCAACACAGAUCCGGAUUACAAUUUCCAUGAAUUGAUAGGAAUAUUCAAAAUCUCCCUGCAGAUUUUUUUUUAUAAAAAAAGAAAGCGAUGAAUCGUGUUGCUCAUUUCGCGGUUCUUCAGCUUGUUCUUAUAGCCGCCGCUGCGAUCUCUUUUCCAGUGGUUUUCGCCGAGAAUGAUUCGAUAUACGAGGUCCUUCGAGCACACGCGUUACCGAUGGGGCUAUUACCAAAAGGCGUGAAAGAAUUCAGCGUUGACGUCGAGACAGGACAAUUCUCGGUUUUCCUGAACCAAUCCUGCAAGGCCAAGUACGAGAGCGAGCUGCAUUACGAGGCCAACAUUACGGGGACGAUAGGUUACGGAAGCAUCGGAGGUUUAUCGGGGAUUUCGGCUCAGGAACUCUUCCUUUGGUUUCCGGUUAAAGGGAUCCGAGUGGACAUACCAAACUCCGGACUUAUAUACUUCGAUGUCGGAGUUGUUCGCAAGCAGUACUCCUUGUCUUUGUUCGAGACACCGAGGGAUUGUGUUGCUGUUGAGAACGAGGCUGAGUUUCGUGGGAAUAAGGUUCAGUCAUCUAUGCUACAGUUCUAUGAAGUAGAUCAAAGUGUUGGGAGAAACAUUGUGUAGCCAAAAGGGGCUGAUGAAUGUUGUAAUGAAGAUGUGUUACAGUAUACAAGUUAGAAACUUUUAGCUGCUCAUGGAUUUUUGAAGACACAGACAUACAGACAUACACACACCUUCCAUUUGAGGUCAGAUGCUCCUUUCUUCCCCCAAUUGCUUUUUUCACUCUGUUUGAAGUGAAAAUUGAGAGAGCGCAAGUUAGAUGGGAAGAACAAGUGUGGGAAGGUUUUGUUUGGAAUGUCCAGAUUCGUUUGUUGAAGCGAUCGCAGGUGAUUGAAUGUUUUGUGAAUUUUUUUGUUUUAUGUUUUGCACUUUGGCAUCUAUGUCACGUCUCUCUUCUCGUUGUAUCAUAAUACAUAAUAUAUGCAUAAUAUACAUUAUCGUCCAUCUGUAAUCAUAUUUUUCCCCCAAUAAGAUUAUUUACAGUUUGCAAAAAA